AUGCUGUGUCGCUUCUUCUUGUGUGUCUCUGCUCUAAUUAGCUUCACCAUUGCUGCACCACCUACUGAGCUAGUUACCCAUACCGUCGAGGUUCGCUCCGACAGUCAGAGCUCAAAUGUUGGACCUCUGGGGGAUCAUGUGUUGGAACAACUUAAGCGUCGUUGUUUCAAGGUUGGAUCUUAUUUCCUUCUUGUCAACGCAACACCUUGGAACAUGACUUUGACUAAAAAGAAGAGCUAUCAGAUGAGGCAAUUCAAUUUUCCUAAAACCAUUAGACCAGGCACGUCUAACAGAAUCUACAUCCAGGGCAAAGGCCACAGAGACGAUGCUGGUGAAGCAAGCUACAAGUUCAAAGACCUGCCCGGCCGUCCCGAUUUCGAACUCAAAUACUCGGGCAAGUUUGGAAAAAAUGGGUACCCCGGUGCUGGCAUCCGGUUUACAAAACUUAAGACUCUCAACAACAAGCGCGGCUCGUUUCACAAGUUGGAAUGGCAUUGGGACAAUAACUUUCCCUUUAUCAUCGCCAGCUCUGAGGAGGAUCCUCGCAAUCCUUCAGUAUGGCCAUGGCUUGUUUCAACCAACCCCCCUGAGGACUGGAUGCACUCCAUCUACCCCAGGAUCGCAUGUCUCACACUCCGGAUGCUAGCUAUACCUGGAACACACAAUUCAGGCAUGUCCCGUUUCCAUCGAGGAUCAUAUUUAGGCUCAGCCUGGAACACUAAAAACCAGGAGCUCAACAUAUCAAUGCAGCUGAAAUACGGUGCUCGCUGGUUGGACAUUCGUCCGUCCAAGACUGGUGGCAAGUGGGCAACUGGCCACUUUGGGUUUGAUCUUGGCAACUGGCACGGCGGCAAUGGCGAGUACCUCGAUGACAUUAUCAACAGCUUGAACGAUUUUACCAAGCGUAACAAGGAGCUCAUCAUUGUAAAUGUUGACCACGGUUUAAACUCGGACACCUUUAAAGGCAAGAAAAACGCAAAGAUGACCCAGAAAGAAUGGGAAGAGGUGAUGAUGAAGCUGGAGAGAAUCAACUACCGCGUCGAGAACCGGGGCAAAGAAGAUGACAUUACGAAUCUCCGGGUCUCUGAAUUCAUCGCAGGCCGUGCAGCUGUUAUUAUUGUUAUAGACGACAUAGUCUAUAAAAAAUUCUCCGCGGGGUCUGAAGGGUAUAACACCAAAGUCCCAGUCGACACUUCUGCAUUUGCAGACAAGGGAUUUUUCAACCGAUCCCAAUUCCCUCUAUACAACAGCUACGCCGAAACAAAAAACCAGAAGAAGAUGGUCGUCGAUCAGUUGACCAAGAUGAAAAAGCAACGGACAUCCCCAGAGUCAAGAAUGUUUCUACUUUCAUGGUUCCUGACCCAGCGUCUGAACCCUGUAAUUUUAAAUGCCAAGCAGGCCAACCGCGCCCUCAUUGAGUUACUUUGGCCGAGAAUGUCUCCAUCGGCGUAUCCCAAUAUUAUCAGCGUUGAUGCGUAUCCUGAAAACAGAGACUUGGCCGCGCUAGCCAUGGCAAUCAACUAUCACUUUGCGCCGCUAUGUUGA